CAUGGAAGAUGGAACGUGCAGGAGUAUUUGCAGCACUGCUUUCAAACUGCGCCUAAAGCAAGUGAUGAUUUUGCUUCUCCUCAUCAACGUUGUUAAGCCAACAAGAGGGUCAGCAUGGACUCACUCCCGGACUACGACAGAGUCGUACACCAUUGUUCUUGGUGCAGGUAUCAUCGCAGCUACUACCAGUUGUCUUGCAAACAGUGAGACUGGAGGGGUCAGUGAAAAAACAACCAAUCCACCAGCCAGUAUGCCCGACAGUGCACCAACCAGCCCUUCCACCAGCCCACCAACCAGCCCACAAACCAGCCCACCAACCAGCCCACCAACCAGCGCACCAACCAGCCCCCCAACCAGCCCACCAACCAGCCCACCAACCAGCCCACCAACCAGCCCACCAACCAGCCCACCAACCAGCCCACCAACCAGCCCACCAGUGGACUGUGGAGCACCACCAACUAAUAUUCCUGGUGGUAAAUUUCCAUCUGGAAGUCUAACAACAGCUGGUACGACCCUCACGAUAAAGUGUACUGAUGGAUAUACACCUCAAACUGGAAAACAACAGAUGAUAUCCUGCACCAGUGAUGGCAAAUGGACACCUACACUUUAUAAACCUUGCAUUCCGAUACUUCCGACUGUGACAUACAACACCACUUCAACUUCAAUAACUGCGACUUUUUCUAUGUAUGAACCAAUGACUGGAAAAUUCUGUGUGAAACAUAAUGGAUCCUCGACACCAGUUUGUGAGAAAACGUUUAGUGUACAAAUAACUGGCCUCCGGCCAUACACAAACUACUCAUUGUUUUCCUACACAAAAACAGAUGACCUACAAUCACAGAAUACUGCUACUGUGAUCGUGAGGACCAACGCAUCGGACUGCGGUGUCCCCAAGAAUCCAACUGGAGGUACCUACGUGUUUAAGUCUACAAAGCAAGGAGCUACUGCAACAGCUAAGUGUAAUGACACAUGGUCCCUCAAACGUACCUCCGGCAACUCUAUUUCAUGCACAGUAGCUGGUAUGUGGUCACCUCUUGAUUCACCUUGCAUUCGGGACUGUGGAUCACCACCAGGCAAUAUUUCUCAUGGUACAUUCCUAACUGGAAGUCCAACAACAGCUGGAAGUACACUCACGGUGAUGUGUGAUAUUGGAUCUGGAUAUAUAGCUAAUACUACGACACCACAGGACAUAUCUUGUGGCACUGAUGGUAAUUGGACACCGACGCUUACGAAUCCUUGUAUCCGGGACUGUGGAUCACCACUAGGCAAUAUUCCUCAUGGUGAAUUCCCAACUGGAAGUCCAACAACAGCUGGAAGUAAACUCACGGUGAUGUGUGAUACUGGAUAUACAGCUAAUACUACGACACCACAGGACAUUUAUUGUGGCACUAAUGGUAAUUGGACACCGACGCUUACGAAUCCUUGUAUCCGGGACUGUGGAUCACCACCAGACAAUAUUCCUCAUGGUACAUUCCCAACUGGAAGUCCAACAACAGCUGGAAGUAAACUCAUGGUGAUGUGUGAUACUGGAUAUACAGCUGAUGCUACUACAUCACAGAACAUAUCUUGUGGCACUGAUGGUAAUUGGACACCGACGCUUACGAAUCCUUGUAUCCGGGACUGUGGAUCACCACCAGGCAAUAUUCCUCAUGGUACAUUCCCAACUGGAAGUCCAACAACAGCUGGAAGUAAACUCACGGUGAUGUGUGAUACUGGAUAUACAGCUGAUACUACGACAUCACAGAAAAUAUCUUGUGGCACUGAUGGUAAUUGGACACCGACGCUUCCGAAUCCUUGUAUCCCAAUGCUCCCGACUGUGACAUACUCCAGCAAUUCAACAUCAAUAACUGCACACUUUUCUGCCUUUGAAAACAGGACCACAGAUUUCUGUGUGAAAAAUAAUACAUCCGGAGCUGUUAUAUGCAAAAAAACUUUGAAUGUGACGAUAUCAGGUCUCUAUUCAUACACAAACUACUCAGUUUCUUCCAACACACAAACUGGUCAACUGCCAUCGCAGUUUACUGCUGCUGUGAAUGUGAGCACCAGCGCUUCAGCUCCGUCUCAAUCUCCCGUAUUUAAUCUAUUUCCUGGUGCCACUUCUGUCCGCUUGGUGUGGACAAAGGUAAAAAAGCCGCAUAUCAAUGGUGAUCCAAAAGGGUAUGAUAUAUUCUACAACGAAUAUGGAGCCACAAGCAAUGUUCACAAUAUACGUGUUGACCCUACUGUCGCUCAGAAAAUAGUCUCUGAUUUAAAUUUCAGCACGAAUUACACAUUCUCAAUGGCUGCCAUAUCAUCAGGUGGAAGAGGACCAAAUCUAACCCAAACUAUUGUUACAACCCAGGAACUUCCUCCUGCGCCAAUUGUCAAUUCUGCAAGGCCACUAGCCACCGAGGUGACAAUUCACCUAACACGUGUAAAAGGAAAUUAUCACUUGUCCAACUUCUGCUGUUACUUCACCAGGCAAUCGGUGUCUGACAUACAUAUGUCAAGCUUGCCCAGUGUCAUGAUCUGCAACAAGACCAGUCCUGUUGUCCUUUCACCGAUUCAAGAAGAUGCAACAUAUACAUAUCACUGUGUGGCUAGAAACACGUAUAAUGCAUCGGAUGGAAAUGCUACAGAACAAAAAAUGUUCAGUACGACAGCAACAGCUCCAAGUGUGGCGCCUAGCAAUUUCACUUGGGUAACCCAAACAGCAAUGUCAGUGAACCUCAGCUGGACUGCUGUUGACCCAUUCAAACUGAAUGGAUUGCUUAUUGGUUACCAUGUUAAAUGCCAGUACCUGAAUGGAAGCUUUGUGACCUCUGCCAAUACCAACAGCACACAGAUCUCGGUAACAGGUUUAACCUUUAAUACAACGUACAAUGUAUCGGUCACGGCUGAGUCAUCUGGUGGUACGAGCAAACACAGAAGUUCGUUGCAAGUCUCUACAAGCCAAAAUUUACCACCUGCUCCGACAUUCAGUGUAACAACAUCAACAACUUCGAUAUCGGUGAUUUUCAAUGAACUUAAGGGACAAUUCUCAAUCAGCAGGUACUGCUGUAAUUUUACCCUACAAGAUGUGUCAAGAACGCCACAACCGGGAAGUACGACCAAAACUGUUUGCAGCAAAACCAAAACUGUGUCGUUGACUAGAACUGAGGAAGAUGCUUCGUACGAUCUGAAAGCGUAUGCGAACAAUACAGCUGGCAACACUGGAGCUAGUGCCACAGAAACUGAUGUUCGCACCAAACCAGCAGCUCCAGAUGAUCCCCCGGGAGCACUGACCAUCGGAUUAGAAAAACCUACAUCUAUCUCUAUUUCCUGGACACCAGUUGAUCAUCUGCUUCUGAACGGGGAAUUACUGGGUUACAGUGUGAAAUAUACAGAUGAAGGAAUGGUCGUAACCAUGUUCAAUGUGACCCUGUCAGAGAAAGCUAACAUAUCCGGCUUGGACCCAGGUUAUACAUACAGCAUUGAGGUAGCAGCAAUCUCAACUGGUGGUAUUGGCCCAUAUACUUCUCCGGUGAAAGCUACCACCACACAAGAAUUUCCACCAGCACCAACCGCUUCCAUAGUUACGGUAUCAGCAACAAAGGUGGUUGUCAACAUCUUGCAGAAUGCAGGAAACUAUCGCUUCUCUAAGUUCUGCUGCUAUUUCACGCGGUCAUCAGUUUCCAACAUAGCCAAGUCAAACUUGACUGUAGUGCCUGUUUGUGCUCAAAAAAGUCCUGUUACGUUCUCACCAAAUGAGGCCGAUGCUACCUAUAGUAAUUCCUACUGUGCUACACAAAACACACUUGGAAAAGAUGGGCGGCCAAAGUUUCUUGACAUGUUCACAACACCAGCGGCAUCUCCGGAUGUAGCUCCUCAAGGUGUACACUUGGUUACCAGCAAAGCCACAAGUGUGAUAAUUGGAUGGCAGGAUGUGGAUGCUUACAAGUUGAAUGGAAUAUUGGUCGCUUACAAUGUGAUAUGUAGGAACAGUACAACACAGGUAGCAUCCAUCAACACGACUGCAAGCAGCACCACAGUGUCUGGUUUGAUAUUCAACACCGUGUACAGUGUGUCCGUUGCUGCCAUCUCAACAGGAGGUCAUGGUGAUUAUUCACAUCCUAAAAAUGUGGCAACAUUACAGGAUGUACCGGGAGCUCCGACCAUAAUAUCUAGAUUACUAGCUCCAACAAAUAUUACUGUGGUAUUUGACGCACUGACUGGUAACUUCGCAAUUCAUAGUUAUUGCUGUCUGUACAAGCGUCAAACAGUAUCAGGUUUUCCGUCGCCAACAAAUCCAACAAUAACUUGCAAUACAAGCACAACCAUCGUACUCAACAACCUGGAGGAAGAUUCAACGUACAUCAUUGUGGGCUAUGCAAACAACACCGUCAUGGCCAGGAGCCCUAAUACCACUCAACUUUUCUUCAACACCACAACUGCAGCCCCAUCUGAGCCACCCGCAUCUGUAAGCAUCACCAAUGUCAACAGAACAUCACUGACAGUAGUAUGGAGGGAAGUACCCUUGCUUGGUCGCAAUGGUCCAAUCACACACUAUCUGGUCAAGUACAAUAACAGCCAUGACCGACGUGUUGGAAGUGAUCAGCUCUCACUCACGCUGCAUCACCUUCAGCCUAACACAAACUACAACAUCAGUGUAUCGGCUAUAGGUCACGGAGGUCAAAGUGGACCUUAUAGCAGUGAGGAGAUUGUCAAAACACUCGAAGCUGUUCCACCAACUCCAAAGGUCACAUCUAACUCAUCAACUCCAGCAACAAUUACUGUGGUGUUUGGCGCACUGACUGGUCAUUUCACAAUUCAUCGGUAUUGCUGUCUGUACCACCGUGAAAGAGUCUCCGGGACUCCAUCGCCAACAACCUCUACAACGGUUUGCAGUCAAGUCACAACCAUCAUCCUGAAAAACCUGGAGGAGGAUGCAACAUACUCCGUAGAGGGGUUUGCCAACAACACUGCCAUGGGGAUUAGCCCACAUACAACGCCAUUCAGUCUCAAAACUAAACCCGAAGCCCCAUCUGAGCCACCCGCAUCUGUAAGCAUCACCAAUGUCAACAGAACAUCACUGACAGUAGUAUGGAGGGAAGUACCCUUGCUUGGUCGCAAUGGUCCAAUCACACACUAUCUGGUCAAGUACAACAACAGCCAUGACCGACGUGUUGGAAAUGAUCAGCUCUCACUCACGCUGCAUCACCUUCAGCCUAACACAAACUACAACAUCAGUGUAUCGGCUAUAGGUCACGGAGGUCAAAGUGGACCUUAUAGCAGUGAGGAGAUUGUCAAAACACUCGAAGCUGUACCCGACAAACCAACCGUCAAAUUCGCUUCAACAUCAACCAGUGUGAGGGCAGUGGUGACAUCCGAAUCACCGUACUGGAAUGUUCAUCAGUACUGCAUCACAAUCCAAGCCACCAAGAGAGUGGACGGCAAACCAAUACCUGAUGAACUACUUCAACUAGUGAAACACAAUUGUACAGAUCAUGGUGUAUCUGAGUUUCACAAUCUUGAGGAAUAUGUAGUCUACAACACCUGGACCUGGGUUCAAAAUGGAAGGGGAGAGAACAGUAGCACUCAAAUGGACGUUUUUGCCACUAAAGAGGGAGUUCCAAGUCGUGCUCCGUCGAACCUGGCUGUUAUCGGCGAGACUAGCACAUCUGCUCAGCUGCAAUGGUCUCCAAUUCCCCUACUGGACCAGAAUGGAUUUAUCACAUCAUACCAUGUCAACGUCACGGCAAUCUAUCCCGUCAGUGAAGUCUCAAGCCAAACAUUCCUUGCAUCUGCCCUUAAUGGAACUAUUGUCAGGCUGAAACCAUACACGAUGUAUGAAGUGGCCAUUGCCGCUGCUACUCGUAUUGGCAUGGGAGAUAUCUCUAAUUUCACAUCAUUCCAGACUCAGCAAGCAGCGCCAAGCAUUGGACCAACCGUGACCAACACAUCCUACUUGAGCAGCACAUCUCUGCAGCUGGCCUGGCGACAGCUCACGCAGCAAGAUCUAAACGGUGUGUUGGUACGCUAUGACAUCAUGAUUGUCAGCCCUGCAAACUACUCACAGGUGUUCAAUGUGACAAGCAACGAGACCAGUCUGACUAUCACCCAGCUUGAGAUCAACACUGUGUACAACCUGUCUGUGAGGGCUGUGACAGAGGCUGCACCUGGUCCAUUUGGCAGCCCGGUACCACAACGAACAGAUGAAUCGAUUCCUGGACAACCCACUGCCAACUUUUCUUCGACUUCAGCAACAAUCACUGGGCAAGUCUGGGUGGAACAAGGAAACUUCAGGGUAUCGCGAUUCUGCAUUCAAGCCACGCUGACUACUUUUGGUACAUCCAGCCAAGGUGAAACCAGAACAACGUGCAGCAAAAUGCCAAGAAUAACAUUGCUUGGUCUGCAAGGUGAUAGUUUAUUCAGCCUGGUAGUUUUUGUCAACAACACCAAUGGACGAAGAAGUCCACUGUCUCCUUCCUACACAGUCAGGACAUUGGAAACUGAUCAGCAACAACAACAAGGAACCAGCGCUACCACAACCAUAACAAUUGGAAUCCUAUCAUCGUUUCUUGUUCUCACUGUCCUAGCUCUCAUCGUCAUUAUUGCAUGGAAGCGCCGUAACAAGGCCAGUUAUAUACCCAGGGAAUCAGAUUCACCGAGAAUUCCACUCGCUUCCAUGGACAAACCGAACACCGCAGAAAUCAUGAAGGGAAGUGAACCAACUCCUCAAGUUGAAAAGGCUCUACUCACCAGCAAUGACGCGUACGGGGCAGUGGUACUGCCAUGUUCCUCGAAUCCCGUGAAAAUGGAUGAUGGGGCAUAUGAAACAGUUGGGCUGGUGGAAGAAAGUGACCCGGUUUAUGCUGAUGUUUCAGAAAUGCCGUCCAACCAACCCAAAGCUGUCGUGACCGAUGAGCCUCUGGGAGAUGAUGUAGUGUAUGAGACCACUCUCGGCGAUUGUAUCGUUUCUGAAGACUGCUAGCCUGAAUUGAUAACAUCCAGCUAAGCGUUGCGCACAUGCACUGUAGCAUAUUGCGGCCCGGAUACAAUGCACCACUGACAACGUGCAGCAACAUACUAUGACUACACUGCAGACACACACCAUAACCCCAACACUCUCUACGAAAUAAUUAUAAUUCCUCAAUUCCUGUUGUGCAUUGAAUAUUUUAAAUUUUAAGUUUUUUGGGAUAGACAAGAGGCCAGUAAUUUAUAGAGUGCUAUGAGAACUUGCAGCAAGUUGCUCUACUGCAACCAACCAUUUUUCUGUCGUCACCAGCAACAGUUCAGGUAAAUGGUUUUACUUUAGGUUGGAUCUUCACAAACGCUGGCACGUUGUAUUGCAUUCGUCUAACCUCUACUCCUGUGGCUUUAGCCCUUUUGCAAAUCGCCUCCAAGGGAAUACUUCCCAUUUAAAACCUUUGCUUUUUGAAUAUUUUAGCACUUUCAAUGCAUUCAGCUGCACUCAGUGCUGAGUUCUAGGCCAAGUGGAUAAAAUCCUUCGACAAAGUGAGUUGGAUGAAUGUGCCUAAAGUGAUACGCAAGGCUUUCUUUUCUAACGUUACCUUUACCAAUAGAACAGGCAUUUCUCCUUUUCACAUGCUUCAAGUAUUGAAUUCCUGCACAUGCUUCAAGUAAUGAAUUCCUGCACAUGCUUCAAGUAAUGAGUUCCUGCACAUGCUUCAAGUAAUGAAUUCCUGCACAUGUGGU